AUUUUUAGAAUAACAUUUCUUACGCAUGAUUUGUUUUAUUUCGCCAAUUUAACGCACCACACGAUGCAAAAACAAAUAAAUGGCGUGAUUUAAUCGCGUUUAAGAGCACGGAUGACAACCCGGCCCAGCAGGUGUUCCUAAUUGGAGAGCAGCAGGUGUUGAAAACGAACACAACAGAGGAGAAACGUCCCGUUUGACUGCACAUACGGAGUUUAAAAAUUAAUAUAUCCUUACGGCAAUGAGACUAAUCGGCUUGAAGCUCAGCCUCGUCGUCGCGCUUUUCCUCGGCUUCCAGUGCCACUGGGUGGAAGGAGUCUGCAGUGUGGCGCAUUGCACUGAUCCCACAAGGUGUGUUCUGUCCAGAGACCAGAAAAGCUGCAAGUGUGCCAUCGGAUUUUAUGCUGACCACUGUGACAGAAAUGCACACAUCAAAGUCAUGUGUGGCAACGAUUACAUAGCAAUCAGAGCGGCAGAGGAUUUCUUCAGGCAUCACAACGUGCCCCUGGAGUCCCUCCACUUACCAAACAAGUCUUGUCGUGCUCAGAGGGAGGUCAUCGACGGUGUGCCGUACUACAUGUCCAGGGUCUCCAAAGACAAAUACCUCACCUGUGGAGGCAAGCUCCUUGAGAAAAACUUAACCCACAUCUCAUAUUCCCUGAGUCUACUCUCGGAGCCUCAGGUUUCUGGAAACAUCAUCAGAGAUCCGGUGAUUAAGAUGGACUUCACAUGCGUCUAUCCAUACAUCAGAGAAGUUAGUCUGACUUUCCCAGUUGUCCCCUUUUCCAGUGAGACUGUGAUGCGCGUUGAAGAGCUCGAUGCCACAAUCCAGAUGAUGCUGUACACAAACCACACUUACGCUAAGGCCUACACCAGUGCUCCCACCAUUGAACUUGGAGAUAAGGUGUACGUCGAGGUGAAGGUGAUGAAGCCUGAAGAUUUCUUCUUGCUCAUGAUCAAUAAAUGCUGGGCCACACAGUCCCCUCAGCUGAACACUUCGGAGGCACUGGUCCACACGCUGCUCCUGAACGGAUGUGUGCACGACGGAACCGUGUCCUUCCUCAACGUGACCGACGCAGAGCAGGGACACAACGGGGGAAGCUCCACGGUUCGCUACAGCUUCGACAUGUUUCGCUUCACAGCAGAACCUCACGACCUCUACCUGCACUGCACUGUGCAGCUGUGUGAGCCGGACGACCAGAAGUCCUGCACGCCCAACUGUAAUUCAGUCACUAAACGAGAGGCAGUGAGAGCAGACCCCACGCAGGGCCUCCUCUCGUAUGGACCCAUUAGGAUUGAAAUGCCAGACAGACCUCCAUCCAGCAUACUGACGACUGUGGUGCUGCCCGUAGCAGCUGUCUGGAUCGUGGGCUUCUUCCUCAUCCUCCUCAUCUCCGUAGCCAAAGCAGGCAGCAGGAGAUUAGCGCAAGUGGAAGAGCAAUGACGACAAUGUGGCUGCGUCUGGCAGCAUAAAUAAAACUUUGAAAAUGA